AUGGUUAGCGAAGCGAAGUAUUAUAGUAUUAUACUAGAUUGUACUCCUGAUAUAAGUCACUCGGAGCUCAUGACUAUUAUUAUUCGUUUUGUGUCAAUUGAAGAUUCAAAAGUUACCAUACGUGAACAUUUUCUUGGUUUUAUUUCAGUUGAAAAUAGUACUGGAGAAAAUCUAUGCGAUGUACUUUUAAAUAUAUUACGUGAGCUGAAUAUACCUUUGAGUAAUAUGCGAGGACAAGGAUAUGACAAUGGAGCCAAUAUGAAAGGUGUGCACUCCGGAGUCCAACGGCACAUUCGAAAUAUUAAUCCACGUGCAUUUUUUGUUCCUUGUAGUGCGCAUUCCUUAAAUCUUGUUGUAAAUGAUGCCGCAAAAUCUUCAAAAGAAGCUGUAGCGUUUUUUGAUAUAAUUCAAAAAGUAUUCAACUUUUUUUCUGCCUCAACUAUUCGUUGGCAAAUUCUUUUAAAACAUGUUAAAGAACUAACACUCAAACCAUUAAGUCAAACCCGGUGGGAAAGUCGAAUAGACGCACUUAAACCGUUUCGAAAUUACAUAGGUGAAAUUUAUGAUGCUUUGUUUGAAAUAUCAGAAAAUAUAAAUUUAGAUCCGAUGGUAAAACAUGAAGCUGAAUGUUUAUGUAAUCUUAUUAAAACAUUUAAAUUUAUUUGUUCUGUUGUCAUUUGGUACGACAUACUUAAUCAUAUAAAUCCAGUUAAUAAAUUAAUGCAAAAACCAAAUUUUGACAUAUCUUUAGCUUUGGGCAUUUUAGAAACUUUAUUGAAACAUUUAAAUGAACUGAGAUCUGAAGAAUCUUUUGAGAAAAUGAUUAUAGAUUCAACAGCACUUGCGACGGAAAUGGGAGUAGAGUCUGUUUUUGAGAACUCACGGGACUUACAAAUUCUUCUUACCGAUGGUGAUUCAACAGAUAUCAAUGGAAUUGAAAUGGCCCAUGAAUUAAAGUCAGUAUCAGCUAUGGUUGAUGAUAACUUAACACCUUAUGAACUCUUAACAUUUGUGAUAAAUGCAGGUGACUUUGCACCAAACCUAUCCAUUGCCUUACGAAUUUUGAUAACAUUACCAGUAUCAGUGGCAACUGGUGAAAGAAGUUUUUCGAAAUUGAAACUUAUCAAAACAUACUUACGCUCAACAAUGAAAAACGAACGACUUUGUGGUCUAGCCAUGAUCUCAAUUGAACACGAAGUUGGUCAAGAAUUAACAGAGAAAAAGUUAGUCGACGAUUUUGCUAAGUUAAAAGCAAGAAAACAUUUAUAAAAUUAUGAUUUAUUGUUGUAUGAAUUAUUAAUUGUAAAUAUGAACUACCAUUUAUUUUUAUAAAUGUAAAUAAAAAACUUUUGUGAAAAAAAUAU